GUUUUAUAUAAAAAGGGCAAGUAGGGUUUACGGAUAACAAUUUCUUCUUCUUUAUUAAACUUUUUUUAAAAAAAAACUAAUAAAAAUGGCCCUUACUACUUCUGACAUCUGUAAAAUCAUCGCUGCCGUCAUCUUGCCUCCUCUUGGUGUCUUCCUCGAAAGAGGUUGUACUUGUGAUCUUGCUAUCAACAUCGCCUUGACUUGUCUUGGUUUCAUUCCCGGAAUUGUCCACGCUCUUUAUAUCAUUCUCAAGUAUUAAAGCGCGUUUUUCCCACAAUCUCCAUCCAUUUAAAUACUUCAUAAUAAUAUAUAUUGCAAUGUAUAUAUAAUACCUUUUUAAAUAAAUUAAUAUUUUUUCCAACGAAAAAAAAAAAAAAAAAA